UGACGCCGGAGCCGCUGACUAGUGCCAGACCACUGAUAAAGCGCUGCCUACUCCUUCGUCUCUCCGACCUCACACAUCUUUCAACCGACAUUAUGGCUCAAUCCGGUGUUUCCGUAGCGCCUGAGUGCAUCAGCGCCUUCAACGAGCUCAAGCUGGGCAAGGAUACCAAGUACAUCAUCUACAAGAUCAGCGACGACUGGAAGGAGAUUGUCGUCGAGGAGACGUCCAAGGAGGACGACUGGUCGGCCUUCCGCGAGAAGCUCAUCAAUGCCAAGAGCAAGGACAAGAAGGGCAAGGAGGGCAUUGGCGGCCGCUACGCCGUCUACGAUGUCUCGUACGAGCUCGAGAGCGGCGAGGGCACGCGCUCCAAGAUCACGUUCAUCUCGUGGUGCCCCGAUGAUGCGCCGCAAUACCCCCGCAUGAUGUACUCUUCUUCCAAGGAAGCGAUCAAGCGCGCUCUCAACGGCCUCGCCGCCGACAUCCAGGCCAACGACGCCGACGACAUCGAGUGGGACAGCAUCCUCACCCGUGUCUCCAAGGGCCGCUAAGCGCAACGUUUGACGAAGCUGGGCAAGAGACGUGUGCACGACGUGACGAACUACGGCGGACGCUUUGGCUUUCUUCUCGUGGCGACGCGGGAGGCUUUCCAGUGCUCGAGAUGUGCGUAUGAUGUGAAAUAAGCAGGAAUCCUGAGUGUUCGAGGGUGUUA